UUGUGUCUUGUUGGAAAUUGCUGUUGUCUGUCAGCCAUUAAAGCUCCCGCCUCUUUCUGAAGGGUUUAAACUCAAGUUAGAUUGUAUUUGCAAAAAAAAAAAAAAAGGGGGGGGGUGUAAAAUAUAUAUCCUUGUUUGGUAGUCUUGCUUUCUUUGUUGUCUGUUUAGUUUCUUGUGUAUUGUAGAUUUGCAGUAGUUAAUAUCCACGUUAUUAAAUUGAACUUGUACGUUUGUAUGAUUUCUGUGGCGAAAGUUGUUUCUAAUGUAAAAGAUUUACUCUGCUUAUAAUCACCUUUGUUUUAAAUGUCGAUAUUUUUUGUAUGUAUUGAGUGCCCCCAUAGAUACGGAGUAGUUAGCGAAAUAACAGUUUGUUAAAUGUUCUUGUGUCCGUGAUUAACAGAACUACAAUUCCCACCAAAGAAUAUACGGUUGAGGGCGUGCCCGUGAUGGUCAUAUGACUAUCUUAAUUUAAACUUGCAAAGUGAGCAACUUGAGAAGUGUUCCUGCCACUGUUUAGUACUGUACAUCGUCGAUAGCGCGUUGAUGGAAAGUCUUUUAUAUUGGAGUAGUACUUUUUAGGUGCAUUUGCAUGAUUAUUUGCCAGAGAACAGAAGUAUGUAAUUAAGUACCAAUAACUGUAGUUCUUAUAGUGUACGUGAUUAUAGAAAACUAGUAAUCCCGAGACCAAGGAGUAAAAUACUAUUACAGAACCCCGAGACCAAGGAGUAAAAUACUAUUACAGAACCCCGAGACCAUGGAGUAAAAUACUAUUACAGAACCCCGAUACCAAGGAGUAAAAUACUCUUCGAGAACCCCGAGACCAAGGAGUAAAAUACUCUUCGAGAACCCCGAGACCAAGGAGUAAAAUACUCUUCGAGAACCCCGAGACCAAGGAGUAAAAUACUAUUGGAGAAUCCCGAGACUAAGGAGUAAAAUACUAAGUAUGAGUACGCUGUGGAAUUGUGAUAUUUAGGAAAGUAAUGUAAUAUGGCUCUCUGAGUUGAUGGAUUAAAGUGUAAGAAAUGCAUUUUACUAUUGUUUUACGAAAAAAAGUGAUGCUGCUUCCCUCCAGGGGUAUGGAUUAGUGUUACUCGCACGGGAUUGUAUUAUACCUGUUAUGGCAGUGCACAAGUUUGGACCCUUUUGCCCCUUGUAGGGUAGUGGGUUAUUAAACAAAGUGUGAGAGCCUAUGAGGAAUUGAACCUUCGACCAGAACAAAUUUGUCAAAUUGUUGUUUUUGUUGGAUUUGGUAUUUACGUAUUAUCGCAACCACAUUGCGAACAGGAGAUCUGACUUAUUUCCAAUUCGUUCUCCUGCCGAGGUAUGUUGUAUAUAGCUUGCAAAGGUUUGGAUGUCUGUGUCUGAUUUGGUGUUUUUGGUUUUUAAGUUUGGUGUUAUUGGUUUUUAAGUUUAAGAGGAAACGUAAUUGAUAACUAUCGUCAUCUGGAAUGGACUGUGCACCUGUUAUACAUGCACAGCUGAGUAGCUUGUGUGAUUUAUGAUGGAUUUCGAGUGACAUACUUCCAAAAAUAAAACACAAUAUAUUGGUUUUGCUGUUGGUGGUUUCCAUUAAUAAAAAAAAAACUGCAGAACAGAUAUUAAUACGUGGAAUGGCAUUUUGUUUAAUUCUUAAAGUAGUAGCUUAGUUAGUUUUAUAAAAAAAAUGUAAAAUAUAUUAUGUACUACUUGGAGUCCGCUGUUGCACAACAUUUAGGGUGGGAAGAGAUGAGGGUAGUACAGAACCUCUUAUAAGUCGUGCCCGACCGUGGAGGAAAGGUUGUCUUUUAUGCAUUGGAGUCGGUGGGAUUUCGAGUGCCCAGAUUGAAUAAGGAUGUACCCGUAUUGUGUGGGUUUUUGUUUUGAUAUUCUGCCGUGAGGGUGCGUAGACUGGAGCAAGGAAAGCCUCUAUAUCUGAAAGUAUAUGAGACUGUUGUAAGAAAGUACAGGUAAACAUAAUUUUUCUUGCGUCUUUGAAAGGUGUUCCCCAGUUAGCCAGUCUUGUAUAUUGUCUAACUCACGGCUCACCAAGCCUUUUCCACCCUUCGUACUCUGGGUGAAUGAAGUAAGUGGUUCUGAGUGACCUUUAAUACCCCUUAUUCGAGGGCGGAUUUGUUAAAACUUGUGGUCCUCUGAAAGAACGCUACAAAAAGACACAAACGUGACAUUGUUUUUUGAGGGGUGAAAUGGAUAUCCAGGAGUAUACAAUCAAAGUUCUAAUAAUCGGAGAUCCUACCGUUGGGAAGACCUCAGUUGUUCAGCGUUACACAAGGAACUUCUUCAGCCACCGGUAUAAAACAACAAUUGGAGUGGAUUUUGACCUGAAAGUGUUGCAAUGGUCUGAAACUGAAAUGUUGAAGCUGCAUCUGUGGGACAUAGCAGGACAAGAAUUUCAUACCAAAUUGACAAGAGUAUAUUAUAAAUCAGCAUCUGCAUGUGUUAUUUUGUUUGAUGUAACAAAACAGCAGACAUUCAAGAACAGCCUCUUGUGGAAACAGGACCUUGAUGAAAAUGUCACCCUUUCUGAUGGACACCCUGUUCCUUGUAUAUUGUUUGCCAAUAAAUGCGAUCUGCCAUCAUGGGCUGUCUCCAAAGAAGAAGUGAAUGAAUUUAUCAGAAAAAAUGGUUUUAUUGGCUGGCUUGAAACUUCUGCUAAAGAGAAUAAGAACAUCACAGAAGGAAUGAGGUUGUUGGUUGAAAAAGUCAUGGACAAAGGCGAUGUGAUGUCUCCUGUUCAGAGCCAAGGGAGUAAUAUAAACCUGAGUCACCCACCACUUCAAGCUCAUCCUUCCCCAAAAUGUUGUUAAGAUCAAAGAUAAUGACAGUUUAUGAUUUUAUAUCAAUUUUAUGACACAAUGACCACAAGGACAUUCUCUUCCUACUACAACGAAGCACAUUUGGAUGAUUUUGAUGCAGCUCGUCAUGGUUGUAGGUAGUACAUUUGUUUAACGUUAGGAGUGGCAUAAACUGGAUAGUGCUACUUUUCUUCUGCCACUCUGUUAAUGUUAAAUGAGUUUAGUCUGUAUGUUUUUUUUUCUUUUCUUUAACUACAGUACAGUUCUCGAUUUUAAAUAAUGGCAUUUUCAGUCUUCAUACUCCAAGGACACAAAGGAUCUACAGAGCAGAUUAGUCCAGAAACCAUUAUAGCCUUACCAAUACACACCAUCAUAUGGCACCUCUCUUAGCUCCAAGAAGGUGCCACAUGCUAGGCCUGGGGAGAAUAUGUGCCUACACAUCCAUUUAUUAAGGUCCAUCAUAAUGGUGACAAGGAUUUCUCUUUAAUUUGAAUAGGUAGCUUAAUACAGAGAUGAGGCUGUUGUUGGGAGUGAAUCUGUCAUGUCAGCAUAUCUAGUUUAUUUCUUGGAAAAGAUCUAAAUCUGUAUUAUGGGUUUUUGUGGCACUGCUAGCUGUUUGAAUGCAUAGGAGAUCAGUGCCCUAAAUGCUAAACAUAAAUCAUCAUGGAAGAGUUUGCAAGAUGCAGUACAGAGACAGGACAUCAAGCCUGUUUUGGUAGCAAAGGGUCUUCAGGCCUGUGAUCUUUUUAUUUAGGAAUCUCUAAGGUCUUUGUAGUUGCAUAAAAUGUUUACACAAAUGCAUACCAAAGGAAACACUGUACUCCAUAAUUGGUCUGAUAAAGGAUGUCGUCUUUUGAUUUAUUACUUGGGCUAGAUAGGAUUUUCUGUCUGCUAUUACAAUGUGGUGAUCAAAGGACAAGCCACCAAGAUCUCCACUGACUGAGUUAGUUUGGAGAUGGGUACCAUGUGCCACAGGUCACAUAAGUUUUGUUUUUGAAGUUUUUGAAAUUUAUGAAUAUACAUUUAACAAUUUUUUUUUGGGGGGGGGGCUUCCCCUAGGACCUUGCCUGAUGGUGUUCCUACCUUCACCUAGUUGGCCAGUUUGUUACAGUAGUACAAAAGUUGGGUAUUUCUUGGCUAAAUUAGAGUCCUAAAGCCCUUUCAUUUCUACAUAGGAAUCAUCAUCAUGGUAAGGACUGGCACAGCUUGCUUGUCCUGGGUUGUAAUUAACUCUCUCCCCAUUGAAGACCCCAAGGCCACUGUCACAGUCUCCAGAAGGGAAGUCUGUCUCUACAGGAUAGUUUCUUGUCAUCUACACAGUAUGAAGACACUGUCCCAGUGAGGGCUCAGCCAUCUCUGAACUCCACUAGGUGAACACCUAGUGCUCCCCUUGUGAUAAGCCACAGCAGACUCCCUCCCCUCAAGAUAGGCAAUCUGGCAACAGCCACUUACUGUUAUCCUCACUGGUCAUCUCAUACAGACACCUGAGCUGCUAAUUACCCUCUAGUCACCUGCAUUGUACUCCGGGAUUUUGCCCUGUAGGUCAUGGAGCUGAGCUAUUUUUUAACAUCCAGUUUAUGCCCAUUUUCUUUACACCAGUUAUAUGUAACGUCUUCACCAGACUGCAGUGAAAUGGCAUUAGAGGGUGUACUAAUAAUACCUGGGUUGUAGUUGUCACCAAAUUUAGUUAUCCAAUAGAUGCUUAAUUGGAGAUGUCCCAGCAUAGAGCCCUGUGGGACACCUUGUCAUCUUUUUGAUUUCUUGAGAUGGCUGUAGAUAAUUUAGAUACUUUAUGUUCUGUCUGGCAGCCAGUUUGCCAUCCACAUCACAGCAAAAAAAAAAAGGAUUAUGCUUGGGUGUUUGAGUUUGUUGAUAAUACCAGCAUGUGGAAUCAUUACAAAGGCUUUAUCCAGUGAGAUAUAUUAUUUGAACUGCAUGGUUACCAUUCACAGCGUAUGUGAUCCUUUUGAUCUUUACAGGGUUGAGUAGGUAUGACCUACCCUUGCUGAAGAGGUGAAGGUUCAGAACAAUAGUUUAACAUCUUAAGUUUAUAAUGUUUGAUACAAUGCAUUUAGAAGCUUUGCAACUAACAGUAGUUAGGCUAAUGGGUUUGUAAUAGGAAAUAAGCCCACCUUUGUGUAAUGGCACUACAAUGGCCAUUUUCUACUCUUCAGGAACAUAUCCAGUAUAGAAACUUGGGUGAAAAUGUUUAGGAGUGGCUCUGUUAAGAUGUGUUUACUAAUACUAGUGUAACACUAGUGCUCAGGUAUUCGGAAUAUUAUCAGGGCCCAUGGAAUUUUUUAUUUUUUAUUUUUUGCAAUGAAUAUGGCAGUUAUGAUUUAAUCUAUGGAAAUCUUUAGAGGUCUGGGACUUGGAGAUAUGUGAAAUGUUUCUAACUUUAGAUGGUGUGAAAUUAGAACAAAGUUUAUCAGCUAGUAUGUUUGCUAUAUCCUUUGGGACAACGUGCAUAGUGAUCAUUAUCUCAAACCAUUGUUUGCUGUUUGUUUCUUUACUGAGCUAGUUGAAGAAAGAUGUGUAACUAUCCUUGGUGUCAGCUGCUAUUUUUCAUUCAUGCCUGACCUUGACACACCUAAUUGUGAUUUUUAGCCCUUUAUUCAUUUUUUUAUGUAGUCCUGUAAGUAGGCUAAUUAGUUUGUUGUUGGAAUUCAUUUUGUUGUUAUUGUAGAUUGUAUGGUGAUAGACAGCCAAGUUGGUUUAUUUUUAAAUUUCCCAUGAUAUUUGGCCCAGUCUGGGAACACUUGGUCUAAUCACCUUAGUAAACGUGAGUACAACUCUCAGGUACAGGUGGUAGCUACAGCUGCUUGCUAUGGUGGAAGUAACACAGAGGAAUUUCCAAUGCUUGUCACAAAAGGACAGUAGUUAAGGUAGAGUUUAAUUAGUUUGACUGUAAACUUAAGAUAAAGGUAGGUUUUAACUUUGUGGAUCCCUUACUGCACUAGCAGCAAAAAGUGUGCAAGAUAUGCUGAUAACUAAUGCAGUAGUAGUAAAAUCAAUGUAUAACAUGGGCAAGUACUAGUAGGAUCACAUCAAGAGGUGAUUGGCAAAGACGCCUUGCAAUAUUUACAUCAAGUAGAGGAUGGGUACCAAUACCACAGAAUAGUACAUCAGUUUGUGUGCAAACAGGUGCCUAAAAUCAAUGUGCAAGGUAGGCAUAUACAAAAAGUAUUUGUAGUCUUAUAGCAGCACUGAGCCAGAUAGCACUUCUUGUAGUAAAUGUACAAUACUAAGCAAAAAAAUAUUUUAGGGGUUAUAGAGGUAGAAUCACAGACAACUGCAAGUAAAAGAAAACCAACUACUGUGCAGUGCUCACCACUGUGGCACUGCAUGCAUCAAAGCUUGUCCCUGUUAUGAGCCUGGUUCAAGGUUACAAAACUGUUUUAAGUUGAGCUGGUCUGCUCGAUGUAGUAUUGCAAAAACAGCACAAGGAGUUUGUUUCAACUGACAGAAGCCUCCAGCAAUCCAGCACACUCUUUAUAGGCUUUUGGGACUGAGGAACUCAUCGCAUGAUAGCUGAUUUAAUUGUGAAAAAAAUCUGUAAAAAUGUGUUAUUAGGGGAUAACUGCCAUCAU